AUGCACGACGUGAGUCUCUUGUCCUAUCUAUCCUCGGACCCGGGACUUUGGCGCGAAUUUUCACCAACGGUCGCUGCCUCCGCCCUGCCGUACCCUCUUGCCGAAAUUCCAGUUCAAGCGUGGAAAAACGCGAUCAUCGCCAUGUGCACCAGCACAUACAACUUGGCGCCAAAGGCAGUCAGCGCAUACGAAAACUGCACAAAUAGUAUCCGCACCUGUGCGGACACUUGA